UUCAUUUUCGCGCAGCUAUUUGCAUCAUAUUGGCAUUAGUAACUAUAACCUCAAACUUCUAGCGAUUCCACUGAAAUCGUGCGUUUUGUAUGGAAGCGUAUGUGCAUAUGCAACCGAAGCUUCAUAAAUUCGGUGAUUGCAAUUUAUUAGAUCGGCCAAUUUACCGACCGGUAAAUCUAGAACAGCUGAUCGUCGUGUCAAAGAAAGUAUAUACACACAUUACCAAAAGAAAAGAUCGCGCGAGAAAGUAUGGGGAGUACAGAGUUGUGCAAGAAAAAGGCGGGGGGAAAAAUAGGUUAAAUGAAAAAAAAUGUUGAAGGGCCUUUCACUUUUAGCCGUUACAUUUACACAGUGUCUGUGCCACGCAACAUUUAUUGACGAAUUCACCUCCGCGGUUGCACUGUCGUGCUGACAGCUUCACCGUCGUUAUCAGCGUGACAACAUCGUUUUGCUAUCGGCGAACGUGACUAGCCAUGCGAUCGGCACAAUAGAUUCGCGGAAUUCCAAUGUCAGCCGGAAACAGAGAAUCUUUACAGAGAAAUUCAAUUGUAGUGCCUUGAAAGCUGUGUAACAAGUAUUUACAUACAGUAUUUUGCAUAUAAGUAUUAAGAAUCAUCACCAUGACUACAGUAACUUCAAAUUCCAGCAAAGAAAAAGAAUAUGAAAGUAAAGAUGAUUCAAAAACAGUCCGCGUUAUAUUUAUAUCAUUAUUGUUAGAUUUAUUAGCUUUUACUAUGAUACUGCCACUUUUUCCUGCACUACUAGACCACUAUGAAAGUGUUGAUAGUGGAAACGGAUUGUAUUCAGUUUUUUUGAACAAAAUACACAAACUAAGUUCUCUACUUAAUGCUCCAGAAAAUAUUAAUUCAGUAUUAUUUGGAGGUUUUCUGGGAUCCAUGUAUUCUCUGUUACAAUUCCUUGGAACACCCAUUGUUGGAGGACUUUCAGAUGUUUACGGAAGAAAACCUCUCAUGAUGCUUUGUCUCACUGGCAUAGCAUUGUCUUACUUGUUGUGGGCUUUUUCCAGUAAUUUUGGCUUAUUCAUCAUAGCCAGAAUAAUUGGCGGCAUUAGCAAAGGCAAUAUUAGUUUGUCCAUGGCAAUUAUUAGCGAUGCAACUUCUGCAGCCACUAGAGGAAGAGCUAUGGCACUGGUAGGCAUUGCAUUCUCAGUUGGUUUUGUUUUGGGGCCAAUGAUUGGUGCAAUGUUUGCAAAAAUGUCAAUUGGUAGCAGAGAAAGUCAAUGGUAUGCAUUACCAGCUAUGUUUGCUUUUUUUUUGUCAAUGUGUGACUUAUUCUAUGUUGCAAUAAACAUGAAAGAAACUCUGCCAAUUAAAAAUAGAGCAAAAUCACUGGUCAAUGGUAUUUCUGGAGCAAUUGUAUAUAUCAAUCCAAUUGAUUUAUUUCAAUUUAAUGGAGUCACUGAUUUGACUAAUACAGAACUCCAACAAUUAAGAAGUUUGGGUAAAACCUACUUUUUAUAUCUUUUUAUCUACAGUGGCCUUGAGUUUACUCUUACUUUCUUGACUCAUUACUCGUUUGGUUUUUCGAGGAUGCAACAAGGCUGGAUGUUCCUUGGUAUUGGUACCAUUAUGGCUUUACUGCAGGGAACUUGGGUCAGACAAGUUCCAGAGCACAAAACAAAAGCUGUAAUAGAAUUGGGAUUAUGGCUUGCUGUGCCAUCAUUUGUUUGUAUUGGCAUUGCUAAAGAUUUGAUGAUGCUUUAUUUUGGAAUAUUUCUUUUUGCAGUUUCUACUGCUAUGAUUGUGACUUGCAUGAUGACUUUAGUAAGUAAAGUUGGACCAGAGAAUCAAAAAGGUAUUAUAACUGGAAUAUUUAGGUCUCUUGGAGCAUUAGCACGAGCUUGUGGACCUGUGGUCGCAUCAAUCGCAUUUUGGAGUCUUGGUAGCUGUACAUCUUACUUAAUUGGAGCUGUUGCUUUAAUCAUACCUCCAAUAAUAUUGAGGAACAUAACGUAAUAUUUUGUUUAGACAUUGUGCCUUGAAAGCGUCUCAUUCAUUCAAACUCAAAAUCAUUUUCAUCAAAUCUAAAUAAUUAAAUAUAAAGUUGUCUACUUAAAUUCAAAUACUUCAUAUAUCAUUUGAUUUAAAAGGAUUUAUUAAUUUUAUAUAAACUUUUAUCAAGUUGAGAUUGUUAAACUUUUAUAAAAAUAUAUUAAAGUAGUUCUAAAUGAGAAAUUGCAAUAUUACACAAAAAGACUAAAAAAUGUAGAGAUUUUACAAAACAAAGUCUUUUAAA